AUGUCCUGCACAACGUCAACUGUCGUCGGGGCCACGUCCACAGCUACUGGCAGGGAGUUGAGACCCUCUGGUGCAGAUGAGCGCAGUCCGUUGUUCUAUAGAGGCCGGCGACAUUCCUACGAUACUUCCAGCCGGCGACAGUCUAGCGUCUGCAAUGCUGAUGCUGUCUUCGUCCGGGUCGACCUCUUUCUCACCGAGCUCAAAAGCCGACUGGAACGGUUAGAAAAAUACCGACAAGAAAGUCUGCUCCAUUUUGACGCCCAACUCGAACGUGGCUACCAAGCUUUGAGAGAUGUACGAGACUCCUGUUCACCAUAUCAUUCGGGAGAGGUUUUGUGGGGAGCCGCCCGACAGCGUGCGACCAUGCUCGUUGAAACAUUGGAAACGCAAUACAAUGAUGUUAUGCCAACCCGAGAGACGUUGGAACAGAAGGCUCAAGAGGGCAUGCGGUUGAUGGAGACCUAUCUCUUCGAGCUGGAGUCUCGUGCGCUCGCACGCAAAAAGCAGCUUCUUGUCUCUGGGUGGAGGAAAGUUGACGACUCGUUUCAUGCCACCAGAGAGAUUUUUGAGGAAGGCCUGGAUAAGGCUCUGCGUGCCCGAGAUCUGAUGGCGGACUCGAUCAGUCAUGCUUUGAGCCGCGCUGCAGAGACCAGGUUGAUACAUUAUGAUGACCUACCGCAUCCAUGGAGAAACAACCCGCAUAUUCUCCGGGGAUAUCGGUUCAACAAGACCAAAGUCGAAUGUCUCACUUCAAUGUUUCAGCCAUCGAACGAGACCGUCAAUAUUUGGACUCAUGGUCUGGGCUUGAUCGUCGUCCUUGCCGUCGCCCUUUACUACUAUCCCUCAUCAGCAACGUUCCCCUUGUCGAGCAAAUGGGAUGUCCUGGUGGCCGGCUGCUUUUUUGCUGCAGCAUGCAAGUGUUUGAUCUGCUCGACCAUGUGGCACACCAUGAACAGCAUUGCCGAUAAAUGCUUGAUGGAACGGUUCGCUUGCGUCGACUACACCGGAAUCUCAUUUCUGGUGGCUGCUAGUAUCUUGAGCACUGAGUGGACGGCAUUCUACUGUGAACCCGUCUCGCGAACGAUAUACAUGUCCCUCACAACCGUUUUGGGAAUCGCCGGUCUGAUCCUGCCCUGGCGAGAGAGCUUUAACCGAGCCGAUAUGGCGUGGGCACGAGUGGCAUUCUUCGUCACUCUCGCAGUGACUGGGUUUGCUCCAGUUGUGCAGUUGAACUAUACACGAGGGAUGGCUUGGACCUUUUACUUCUAUGCCCCGGUCACGAAAAGUCUGAUGGUAUACCUUACUGGUGCCAUCAUCUAUGCCUGUCGAAUCCCCGAGAAGUGGUCCCCCGGCUUGUUUGAUUACGUUGGAGGCAGUCAUAACAUCUGGCACCUUGCCGUUCUUGGUGGGAUUCUGUUUCACUAUACUGCCAUGGAGGAGUUCUUCCAGGGUGCCUUUCAACGAGCGAGCGAAGGUUGUUGUGUUGGAUAA